AUGGCGGCGGCGGCGGCGCGAGUGGUUGCCCUCGCGUGCGUCCUCUCCCUCGUCCUCUCCGCGCAGGCGGAGGCUCCCUACAGGUUCUUCGACUGGGAGGUCACCUAUGGCGACAUCAAUCCGCUCGGAGGAGUUCCGCAGCAGGGUAUUCUGAUCAACGGGCAGUUUCCGGGGCCGGAGGUCGACUGCCAGACGAACGACAACCUGGUCAUCAACGUGCGCAACCGGCUGCCGGAGCCGUUCCUGCUUUCAUGGAACGGGAUCCAGCAAAGGAAGAACUCGUGGCAGGACGGCGUGUCCGGUACCAACUGCCCGAUCCCUCCUGGCCAGAACUACACGUACCACAUGCAGGCCAAGGACCAGAUCGGCAGCUUCUUCUACUUCCCGUCGCUCGCCUUCCACAAGGCGGCCGGCGGCUUCGGCGCCAUCCGCAUCAACAGCCGCCCGCGGAUCCCCGUCCCCUUCCCCCCACCGGCCGACGAGUUCACCGUGCUCAUCGGCGACUGGUACAACACUACCCACAAGGCUCUCCAAGCCAUGCUGGACGACGGGAAGCUGCUCCCUUCCCCUGACGCUAUCCUGAUCAACGGUAAGGGCCCGGGGCGCGCCAACUUCACGGUGGAGCAGGGGAAGACGUACAGGCUGCGCAUCUCCAAUGUCGGCCUGCGGAGCACGCUCAACUUCAUGAUCCAGGACCACAACGUAACGCUCGUGGAGGUGGAGGGCACCCACACGGUGCAGAACACCUACACCUCCCUCGACGUCCACGCCGGCCAGUCGCUCUCCGUGCUCUUCACCGCCGACCGCCCCGCCAGGAGCUACCACAUCGCCGUCUCGUCGCGGUUCACCAACCAGACCCUCAACUCCACCGCCGUGCUGCGCUACGCCGGCUCGACCGGCCCCGUCUCCGGGCCGCUGCGUGCCGGGAACCAGAGUGACGUUGACUUUUCACUGAACCAGGCUCGCUCCAUCAGGACGAACCUGACGGCGAGUGGGCCGCGGCCGAACCCGCAGGGCUCGUACCACUACGGCUCGAUCAACGUGAGCCGCACCAUCCGGCUGGCCAACUCGGCGGGGCAGGUCGGCGGCAAGCCGAGGUACGGCGUGAACGGCGUGUCGUACGUGGACGCCGACACGCCCCUCAAACUGGCCGACUACUACAACAUCAGCGGCGUGUUCCGGAUGGACGGCAUCCCGGACGCGCCCGCGGCCACCCACAGCGGGACGCAGAACGGGACCGGCGCCGACGCGGCGCUUAAGAACCAGACGGCCGUCAUGGACUCCGACCACCGCAGCUUCGUCGAGGUCGUGUUCGAGAACAGCGAGGACAGCGUCCAGAGCUGGCACCUCGACGGCUACAGCGUCUUCGUCGUCGGGAUGGACAAGGGGGCGUGGAGCGAGGAGAGCAGGAAAGGCUACAACCUCGUGGAUGCAGUCACGAGGUGCACGGUCGAAGGUGUAUCCAAGAGGGUGGACGGCGAUCUUCAUCGCGCUGGACAACGUGGGGAUGUGGAACGUGAGGUCGGAGGAUUGGGUGCGCAGGUACCUGGGCCAGCAGUUCUACCUCCGGGUGUACACGCCGACGCACUCCGUCCGCGACGAGCUCCCCGUGCCGACCAACGCGAUCCUCUGCGGCCGCGCUACCAACAAGAGCCGCCUGCCAUUCUCUCAGUAGUAAGCAGCCGCUGGCAGGGAAAGAUCCAAUUGUAUCAGAGCAUUGUAUGGUGUGCAAGUCGAACUGUCGAAGACUUAGUUUGGCUGGUUACUGGUUAG